AUGCAAUUGUUAAUGCUCUAUAUUCUCACAUUGGUUAACAUUUUUCAGAUUGGAACAGCAAAUGUUCUUCCAUCAUUGGAUUCCUUAUCUACAAAUAAAACAUUUCAAAAGGAAUAUUCUUUCCAAUCAAUUGAAAGAUUAUCUAACCGUUUGGAAAUAUCUAAAGGUAUAACACCAAAAACUGCAUUUAUUUUCCAACUAACCACAAUAAUAUUUCACAGUAAUCAUUCUUUAUCAAAUAAAAAGACAGUACCCAUAGUUAACCUAAUUAAAGAAAAAUUCGAAGAAUUGUUAGUACUGGAAAGUUUGCAUGGUAUUUCUGGUGAAAUUCCCUUAAAGAAAGAUAUGAUUUCAAUUACUGAUGAUAUUACAAAAUUAGCCUCACAGUAUGAACAAUUGGUAAGGAAUAAAAUAUCAUGGAAGGAGAGAAUUCUUAUAAAUAAAGGAUUCAAAGUGGCAAUUGCAAAAUAUUUAAAUCAUAAUUUGAAAAAAUUGAUAAAUCUGAAAUGUCAAACAAUAUUGUUAUAUGGAAAAGAAGGACCCCACAAUAAUAAUAGUAAUCAUGAUUUAAUUGAUUCUGGAUAUCGAAUUUUAAGACAUUCAUCAUUCGCAUUGAAAGCUGCUAUCAACACAAUUGAAUUGAUACAAAAAAAUAGUUCAAGUGCGGAAUUAACUAAAUUGAUUCAUGAUCAUUUCAAUUAUUUACCUGCCAUAGAAGACAAAAUGGUUUUAAUAGAUGGAAUCGUGGACAAACUACGAAAUGACAAGUUUAAGAUAAUGGUUGAUCCUCCAGAAUUAAAAUUUUUAAUUAAAGGAUUGAAAACUUUAGCUGAAGGUAUGGUUUUCCUUGCCUUGUGUGUUGUAUUAUCUAAUGUGUUUUGUUCCGUCGUUUUCAUUUUAACUAUUUCUGUGGCAGUGGUAAUUUGGAUGAUAAUUUUCUGGCGGAUGUUAAAUACAUGA